AUUGCAGCCACUGCAUUUGGUUUUCUGGUCUGGCGCACGACGAACGUUGUUUUGGGUCCCAACAUUUCAGCCCAACAACGACUCUAUACUUCAACUAUAUCUCAACCCUAUCUGCACUUCACCUCCUUCGAUACCCCGCACUUUGAAGCACUUUUCUAAGGCAUCAUGUUUAAGUCCCUGUUCGAUGCCGCGCAGAACUCAACGUUCAAGUCGCCAUUCACCAGCGUCAACUGCCAGUCAGCCACGCCCACUUCCGCCCCCACAUCCUCUGCGGUGGUGACCCCCACUCUCAGGGAUGUUGCUCCACGCCAGCUGACUCCAAACCACAACAUCGCUGCCGCUGCCGUUGCCGAGGGUGACUCCUGCGAGUUCGGCUCGAACCACUACUUCCUGCUGUGCGGCCUGGGCGGCAUCAUCUCGUGCGGCUCCACACACACCAUGGUGGUGCCCCUGGAUUUGGUCAAGUGCCGCCUGCAGGUGGACCCGGCCAAGUACAAGAGCGUGUUCACCGGCUUCCGCAUCAGCUUGGCUGAGGAGGGCGUCCGCGGAUUGGCCAAGGGAUGGGCACCCACCUUCAUCGGCUACUCGAUGCAGGGUCUGUGCAAGUUCGGCCUGUACGAAGUCUUCAAGAAGGUGUACGGCGAUGCCAUCGGCGAGGAGAACGCAUUCCUCUACAGAACCGGACUCUAUUUGGCUGCAUCGGCCUCCGCCGAGUUCUUCGCCGACAUCGCCCUGGCGCCCAUGGAGGCGGCCAAGGUCAAGAUCCAGACCACGCCCGGAUUCGCCAAGACAUUGCGCGAGGCUCUGCCCAAGAUGACGGCCCAGGAGGGCGUGGCCGCCUUCUACAAGGGCCUGGUGCCAUUGUGGAUGCGCCAGAUCCCAUACACCAUGAUGAAGUUCGCCUGCUUCGAGCGGACGCUGGAGCUGCUCUACAAGUAUGUGGUGCCCAAGCCACGUGCCGAUUGCACCAAGGGUGAGCAGUUGGUGGUGACCUUCGCCGCCGGCUACAUUGCCGGCGUGUUCUGCGCCAUCGUCUCGCAUCCGGCGGACACAGUGGUGUCCAAGCUGAACCAGGCCAAGGGUGCCUCAGCCCUGGACGUGGCCAAGCAGCUGGGUUGGUCUGGAUUGUGGGGCGGUUUGGUGCCCAGGAUCGUGAUGAUCGGCACAUUGACCGCCGCCCAGUGGUUCAUCUACGAUGCCGUCAAGGUGUUCCUGCGCAUGCCACGCCCACCACCACCAGAAAUGCCCGAGUCCCUGAAGAAGAAGCUGGGCGUGACUGGCGAGCAGUAAACCAAAUAUAAGCUAACUGUUUUUAAAUUUAGAGCGAGCAGAAUGUUAAUCGAAUUAAACUUGAUUUGUAUAGAUAAACCACACAGUAAAUAAAAACCACACAAAAAUUAAA